GCGAUCCCUCGUUUGCUCCCCAAGUGUUAUCUUCACCAAGCAGGCCCCCGCCUUCGCAGCCGUCCUGAAGCUGUCCUUAGCCGUUCCUCCUCCAAGCAGCUCCGGACUCUGGUUCUCAGUCGUUCCGGGGCGUGUGAGAGAAAGGGGGAGUGAAGCGCUGUGACUGACUCGCCUGCCCAGCGGUUGCUGGGAGGACGCCGGUGACAGCAGCAGCAGGCAGCGGCAAUAGUGGCUCAGUCAGUCAGUCAGUCAGUGGGAGGCAAGGCAGUGCUGCUAGGAGCUGCUCAGGAGGACCAGCUCCUCCCCAGAGUCGGUGAAAGUGCGCGACGCCCUGUAGGGAACGGGCACUUCCCAAACUUCGCGCGAGUCCCUCCGCACCGGCACGCGUAGGAAGCGACUGUUGCUGCUUAAUAAGAAGAGCAGCUACCCGGCAGCAGGAGAUGUGGAGAGAGCGCCUGCGUGAGAAGAAGAGGGGGGAAAACAAGGGGCAAGAAGGAAAGGCCAGGAAGAACUAACGAAGGAAGAGGCUGAGGUGCAGAAAACUAGAUGCGCGAGCUCUUACUGGGCUGUCCGCUGUGACUUUUCCAGGGGGUUUGUUGGAGGAGAAGAGGGAGUUGAUGGCUGUUGCCUAAGUACAGAAACGGAAGCCCGCGUUCCAAAGCCGCGGAAGGGCUGGACCUCGUAGGUGUAGGCGCAAUAACAGCAAACACAGCCGGCUCGCUCAAGAGCAGCAAGAGGGCCCGUGGGCAAUGGCGGCCCGAAGUAAGGACAGCUGUGUUGGCGCUCCCUAGCCGGAAAGCGGAUUUGCAACCGUGCUGAACCGGGGGGAAAGUGUAGUCGGGUGGUGCUUGGUUUGUUGACGGUCCUUUUACAUUCGUAGUCAAGCUGAGCGUCCGGGCGCCGCCGGCUCCCUCAGCGCUUUGGCCAGCCCCCACCCGCCGGGCUGGCCGGGGCCAUGGAGACCCCGGCGGAGAACCCAAGCAAGGCGGCGGAGUAUCUCAAAGAACUCAACAAGAUCAUUGAGACGCAGCAGGAGCUGCUGGAGAAGCAGAAGCUCCGGAUAGAUGAGCUCGAGCAGCAAGUGGCCAAGCUGUAUCACGAGAACGCUCGUCUGCAGGACGAGCACCAGCGGCACCUGGCCACAUGCAGGCUAUUGUUGCUGCAGCAGCACCAGCACCAGGAGGCAGCGCUACCCACGCCGCCACCGCUGGAGGACCUCCAGAAGAACGCCAACGAUGAAAAGUCUGAAGGUGAACGUUCAAGAAGCAUUAGAAAGACACAGAAGUCGGGAUUGGAGCUUUCUUCUACUUGCUUUUUAUUGAACAUUCUAGAAAGAAAAAGAGAAGAUCCAACCUUGAACAUAAGGUCUAUAAAUACUCUGCACCAGUUUUGCUGUCCAGCUCCAUUGUACCAUACCCAGCUAACUGUCCUUGCCACACACUCAGAGUACAGUGUUGAGGGCGAAGCUCCUGGAAGUGAAACUGGCACGUCAUUGGAUAGUCCAUCUACCUAUCAUCAAGGAACUAUAACUCACAGUUCAGCUCUAAGCCCAGACCAUUACGACCAUUCUCCAUACGGACUGUAUUCUGUCUCCCCAGGGCAGCAAAGGCCCCGGAGGCCAAAGCUUCAGCACUCAACAUCCAUACUGAGAAAACAAGCAGAGGAAGAAGCUAUUAAAAGGUCGAGGUCACUUUCAGAGAGCUAUGAACUCUCAUCUGACUUGCAGGAUAAGCAGGUUGAAAUGCUAGAACGGAAAUAUGGAGGCCGUCUCAUAACUAGACAUGCUGCUCGUACUAUACAGACUGCUUUCCGCCAGUAUCAGAUGAACAAAAACUUUGAGCGGCUUAGAAGUUCUAUGUCUGAAAAUCGUAUGUCAAGACGCAUUGUACUAUCCAAUAUGAGAAUGCAGUUUUCGUUUGAAGGACCUGAAAAAGUCCAUAGUUCCUACUUUGAGGGAAAGCAAGUUUCUGUUACAAAUGAUGGAUCAAAAAUGGGAGCCCUUGUCCAAUCUGAAUGUAGUGACCUUGGUGAAUCAGCUACAAUGAAAUCUCCAGCAGCAUCCACUGACUUUGCUGAUGCCAUAUCGGAACUGGAGGAUGCUUUUUCAAGACAAGUAAAGUCUCUUGCAGAGUCCAUUGAUGAUGCACUAAAUUGUCGUAGCCUGCACUCUGAUGAGGUGCAGAUACCUGAUCAAGUCAGGAGUCGGGAAAUAGAGAGGGACAGUUGUCAAACUAAACCAACAAGCCAUAAUGUGGAUCAUAGGAAACUUGAUGAAAUGACUGCAUCCUAUAGUGAUGUUACAUUAUAUAUUGAUGAAGAAGAACUAUCCCCACCACUUCCCCUUUCCCAAUCAGUAGAGAGGCCAUCUAGCACAGAAUCUGACCUAAGGCUUCGGUCAGUGAACCCAUCUCAAGAGUACUGGUCUAUGACACACAAAGAUCAUAAGAUGGAUACAGACACAAGCUGUAGGAGUACCCCUUCACUUGAAUCACAGGAACAAAGAAUGAGGAUGGAUCAUCUGCCUUUGCUAACUAUAGAACCACCUAGUGACAGUUCAGUGGACUUAAGUGAUCGCUCAGAGAGGGGAUCUUUAAAGAGACAGAAUGCAUAUGAUCGAGGAAUUACUAGUCAGCAAGGUAGUCCCAAACACAUCUCACAUGGCAUCCCUACCAAGAUAAUUUCCAGAGAGGAUCAGGAGACUAGACAUAGACCAAGACCUAUUGAUAGCCACUUAGCAAUUAAUGGAACAGCAAACAGGCAAAGCAAAUCUGAGUCUGAUUACUCUGAUGGAGACAAUGAUAGCAUCAAUAGCACUUCCAAUUCCAAUGACACAAUAAACUGCAGCUCAGAAUCUUCUUCUCGAGACAGUCUAAGGGAACAAACACUGAGCAAGCAAACGUACCAUAAAGAGACUCGCAAUAGCUGGGAUUCUCCUGCCUUCAGUAAUGACAUCAUCAGGAAACGUCACUACAGGAUUGGACUGAACCUUUUUAAUAAAAAACCUGAAAAGGGAAUCCAGUACCUGAUUGAGAGAGGCUUUGUGCCAGAUACACCUGUUGGAGUUGCCCAUUUCCUUCUACAGAGAAAAGGACUCAGCAGACAGAUGAUUGGAGAGUUCCUCGGAAAUCGACAAAAGCAGUUUAACCGGGAUGUAUUAGACUGUGUUGUGGAUGAGAUGGACUUCUCAGCUAUGGAACUUGAUGAAGCACUCAGGAAAUUUCAAGCUCAUAUUCGUGUCCAAGGAGAAGCUCAAAAAGUAGAAAGACUCAUUGAAGCAUUUAGCCAGAGGUACUGCAUCUGCAAUCCAGGUGUUGUGAGACAGUUUAGAAAUCCUGAUACCAUCUUCAUCCUAGCUUUUGCAAUCAUAUUGUUAAACACAGAUAUGUAUAGUCCAAACGUGAAACCAGAACGCAAAAUGAAGCUUGAAGAUUUUGUCAAGAAUCUAAGAGGUGUAGAUGAUGGUGAAGAUAUCCCACGAGAGAUGCUUAUUGGGAUUUAUGAAAGAAUCCGAAAGCGGGAACUCAAGACAAAUGAGGAUCAUGUGUCACAAGUCCAAAAGGUUGAAAAACUCAUUGUAGGAAAGAAACCGAUUGGAUCUCUACAUCAUGGACUUGGUUGUGUCCUUUCUCUCCCACAUCGGAGACUUGUUUGCUACUGUAGGCUUUUUGAAGUUCCAGAUCCAAAUAAACCACAGAAGCUUGGAUUGCACCAGCGAGAAAUAUUUUUAUUUAAUGAUCUGCUUGUGGUCACCAAGAUUUUUCAAAAGAAGAAGAAUUCAGUCACAUACAGUUUUCGACAGUCCUUUUCCCUCUAUGGAAUGCAGGUCCUCCUUUUUGAGAAUCAGUAUUAUCCUAAUGGCAUACGGCUCACAUCAGCUGUUCCAGGUGCAGAUAUAAAAGUUUUGAUAAACUUCAAUGCACCAAAUCCUCAAGACAGAAAGAAAUUUACAGAUGAUCUGAGGGAGUCUAUUGCAGAGGUGCAAGAAAUGGAAAAGCACAGAAUAGAGUGUAAGUACAAAGCUGAACUAGAAAAGCAGAAGGGUGUAGUACGACCAAGCAUGUCUCAGUGCUCUAGCCUGAAAAAAGAGUCCGGCAAUGGAACAUUGAAUCGAGCCUGCCUUGAUGAUAGUUAUGCAACUGGGGAGGGUCUUAAAAGGAGUGCCCUCAGCAGCUCUCUUAGAGACCUCUCCGAAGCAGGCAAGCGUGGGCGUCGCAGCAGUGCAGGAUCGCUAGACAGCAAUAUGGAAGGGUCCAUCAUUAGCAGUCCUCAUAUGCGCCGAAGAGCUACAUCAACCCGAGAGUGUCCAUCUCGCCCUCACCAGACUAUGCCUAAUUCUUCCUCACUACUAGGGUCCUUAUUUGGUAGUAAAAGGGGAAAGCCUUCCCAAGGCCAUCUAGCAUCUGGUGCAUCACAGCACCCUGCGCACCCUCCUGUAAUUCCACAUCAGCAGCACUCACAGCAUCCUUCUGCCAUGCACCACACAGGGCCAGCUGAGGGGCAGACCCAGGCACAAGUGCACACCCACCAUUCUCAAUACUGCCACAUGCAGAAUCCACCUCCUUAUCACCACCACCACCACUAUCACCCUCCUCAGCAUAUCCAACACCCACACCAGUACCACCACAUACCGCAUUCACAGCAUGUAGUGCAUUCACAGCAUUCUUACAUGCCACAUUCCCACUCACAACAUUCCCAUGCUGCCCAUCCUCCAUUACCCCCUCCUCACCCUGCACACUCUUCCCAUGGUUCACAUCACCAUGGACAGCCAGUGACCCCUUCAACUUCAACCAGCACUAAGCCCAAACAUAGUGGCAUCAGCACAAUAGUCUAGAACCAAACUACCCUGCCAGUAAUUGUAGCUCUAAACAGGCACUUACAGGAUGCAGAAGCAGCCUAUAAAACUGGAUUUUUAAAAAUACACACACACAAGCCAGAAACAACUUAAUUGACUCCUUUGCCUUAAGGAUUCAAUAGAACAACUCACAUAAGCCAGAUCAAUGCUGGCCUUACAGUAGAAAUCAGUGGUGGCCUCCCUCCUGUUCUCCAGUAGCCUUGAAAAUAUGCUGCUUGCUGAAAACAUUAAGCUACCUUUUUUUUCAUCCCCAUGACAAUUUUAAUGCAUAAUGAAAACAUAACCUCAAAAUAAAAGUGGGAAAAAUGAAAUAGAACCAAGUGUUGCAUUCUUGCUCCUUAAUUGUCAAUGGGCAAAAAAAGUAGACCUCAUAUGGUUGAUGAAAAUACGUAAGUAAACUUUAUAUAAUAUAAAUAUAUACAUAUAUACAUAUAUAUAUAUACUGUAUAGUUAACCUUUAUGCUUAGAACAAAACUUUUGCAGUCCAUAAAGUUAGCAAUAUAUACUUUACCAGGAAUUCCACUUACUGAUAGAAGGGCAGUACAAUAGAUGAACAGUGUAUGAAAGUGUAGACCAAAAAACAGAACAAACUCCAGGCAUUUCAGUGUUCUCAUUAAAAGUUCUUCGGACUUGGAAAAAAAACUCUAAGCAAUCAUUGCAAAAUGUGCCAAGUAACAUAGCAUUUAGCUGUUGUAGUCCUAUAUUGCUUUGUACAAAUUCUUAUUUUAUUAACAUGAUAAUAUACUUAAUCAGUAUUAUAACUGCUCUGCUAUUUCAGGUAAGCAAACUAGUUAAGAUGCAGUAACUAUACAGUAGCAACAUGAGACAACCUUCAUUAAGGGUUAUCUCUACCUUUUGGUUACUCAAAUUCGUAGACACUUUAAAGGCUGUGAUAACUGUGAACUUAACACAAUCCAAAUUUCUUUUAUAUUCAUAUAUGUUUUAAUAAACUCACAUGAAGAUUUAAAUGGUACUUGCAUACACUGCGUAACAUUCAUCUCACACCUUAAAAUAAGAAACAUCCAUCCCUUUCAGCCACAUUGCCACUUUACCAUAACUUACUCAGUGUAUCUCAGUUAAAACAGUUCAGAAUUUUUUUCCAUAUGAAAGUGAUCUGAAACUUGAAGGCUUAUUUUAGUAUCGAGUACAGAUUUUUAUAACUGUAAUUCCAUGUAGCCAUGUGUGGGCAGCAGAAUUUUCUCACAAUUUUUUCAUCACAUUUGUUAGUUUUUCCCAGCACUCAGCAGGCUGAGUCUUUGCUCAAACUGUCAUAGUCCAGUUAGUCGCAAGACAUCUCGUAAAAGACAACUGUGCUGUUGUUGCGUAUGUGUUGUAAUGAGUCAUUUGCAAAUCCAUAUGAGGUUUUUUUGUACCCAUAAAUCCUAUUUUUAAAAUUUUAAAAAAUCAUACAUGGAGCAUACUUUGUAGUUUCAGCAUUUUGAGCCACUUCAGUCACAAGGACUGUACAUCUAACUGGCAGAAACAAAAGGAACUGCAGAACUACACCAGCAGAAUUGUGAAUGUGGUUUAAUAGAAGAGGAAGAAAAAGUUCCAGUGAGAGAUGGGUAAAACAAAACAAUAAAAUUAUGGUUGCUUCUGAAUGUAGAAGUGAUAUGUGAAGAUGACUUUUAUGUAUUGGUUAUUCCUAAUGUCUCCAGUUUGUUUUUUUCUCUCCCUCUCUUUCAUGCUAUGGGUUAUACCAUGACUA